AUGGGCUGCGGAGCUUCAAGAGAAACAACUCACAACGUAAAACUCCCAGAAGCAAGACCUCCACCAGAGCCGGCUGCUCGUCCCCGUCAGGAAAUCAAUACAAAGCCCCGGUAUGAAGAUGAGCAUGUUCAGUUUGAUGAAGACAUUGACAGAGAAUUAAAAGCUGCAGCUGUUUCUCGCAAAGGAAAAUCUAUCUCAAAAAUGCCGACUCAUACAAAUGAAGAAGUCAAAGUGGGGCUUUUUGAUGUAGAAGAAGUAGGAGUUGGCGACCAAAUGCUAGCUAUAAAGCCAUGGCUUGGCGCUUUAAGAGCUCCUACAAAUCCACCAAGAGUAAAUAAUAAUCCACCUAAUAUCAGGAUGGAGCUGGAAUAUGUAUAUGGAUAUCGGUGCUUUGACUCAAGAAGAAACCUUUUUUAUACCAGAAAUCGAGAAAUUGUAUAUAUGACUGCUGCAGUAGGAGUUGUGCUGAAUAAACAGACGAAUACACAGAAGUUAUUUGGAGGAGGGCUUGUGAAUCAGGAGUUUGGCCAUACAGAUGAUAUUACGUCUUUAGCAAUUCAUCCUGAUAAAGAUAUGCUAUUUUAUAGAUAAAAAUAUUAUUCAUUUUAUAGGCAAAAAUAAUUGUGAGGUAAUGCAUUAAUUAUUUAGUAAUAGUAUAUAAUAGCUACGGGAGAAGUAGGGAAAAACCCAAAAAUAUGUAUAUGGAAAAGCAGUGAUCCAAGGGUAUCAAUCAGCGAAUUCCGACAAGGCAGAGAUUCAAGAGCUGUUGCAGCCCUUGGAUUUUCUUAUGAUGGAAGAAUACUUGCAUCAGCAGAUUUACAUAAUGACCAUAAUGUCAGAAUCUGGAAUUGAGAAAAAGGCACUUUGAUAGCCCAAGACAAAGGAGGCCCAGAUCGAAUCCUUGAUUUAUGCUGGAGCCCUCGUGACUUCACAUUUUGCACCUGUGGAAUCAAGCAUAUGGGUUUUUGGACCUACAACCCUAACUCUGCAGGAAUCCAGCUGCGCAAAGAAAAAGGCAUUUUCGGCAGUGUCGAAGCCAUGUGCAAUAUGACCUGUGUCCAGUACAUGCCCGACAACACCUGUGUAACUGGUGCCACAAAUGGCCAACUUUACCACUGGGCUGGCAAAAAUCUUAAAAAAGCUUACCAAAUCCAUCCACAAGGCCAAACUGUACACAGCCUCGCUAUUGUUGAUGAAAAAAUUUUUUCAGGCUCCAAAGACAAUACAAUUCGCAUUCUUGACUUAUCUUUUACAGAAAUCGGCAGGAUUGAGACUUCUUCAUUCGCAAGGGCAAUUGAUGUAAAUGGAAAUACAGUUCUAGCAGGGACAAGAGAUGGGACAAUUGCUGAAUACCAAGCAGGAGGGAAUAGAAGGACUGUAUUAAUGGAGUCACAUAGUGAUGGAGAAGUCUGGGGCCUCGCCCUUUCCCCUACAAAUGCUAAUAUUGUUGUGACUGUAGGCGAUGAUAAUGCGAUCAAAGUCUGGAAUAUGGCACAAAGAAAAUGUGUGAAAACAGCCAUCUUGGAAGAAAACCCAGGACCACAAAGAAGGCCAGGAGAAGGGGCAAGCACACUAGCUACAAAUUCACCUAACCAGCAAGCUAGAGCUGUAUGUAUAAACGGCGGAAAUGGCCAUGUGGCAGUUGGACAUAAUGAUGGGCAUAUAAGUAUUUUUCAAAAUAUUGAAAACUUGAGGAGAAUCCAUAUAGCAAAAGACCCAAAAGAAUGAAUUGAGUCUAUGGCGUAUUCCCCAGACUCCUCAAAAUUAGCGGUUGGAUCUCAUGAUAACUUUAUUUAUAUUUAUAACGUGGAAAACAACUAUAAGCUUCUUCACAAGCUUAAAGGCCAUUCUUCUUUUAUCAUUGCUUUAGACUGGAGCGUUGAUGGCUCAGCUCUCCAUACAAAUUGUGGGGCUUAUGAGCUGCUGUUUUGGGACACGAACUCAGGACAACAAGUAAAAAGUGGAGGAACUGCUUAUAGAGAUGAAGAAUGGACUACGUGGACAGCGAAAUUAGGCUGGAAUGUACAAGGGAUUUAUGAAGGGGUUGUAGAUAUGACCCAUGUAAACUGCGUUGAUAGGUCUCAGAAUAAGCGAUUUUUUGCAGUAGGCAAUGACUGGGGAAAUGUAGUGCUUUUCAACAAUCCGAAUGGAGAAGGAGCGAAAGGGACUUCUUAUAGAGGACAUAGUGAACAUGUUACUAAUGUGAAAUGGAGCAGUAAUGACGAAUAUUUGUUUUCAACUGGCGGGUAUGACCAAACAGUCAUGCAAUGGAAAAUUCUUAAUUAG